CGACGUGUUUUUAUGUUAUUUAUAUGUUCGCUCUCGGGUCUCUGAAUCAAAAUUACUCAACGCUAUUAUACUUCUUCGUCUUUAUACUUUAAAAUAUUAAUUAAAAUAAAAAUAUUGGUUGCACAAAUAAUAAAAAUAUUGGCGAACAAACAAUGGAAUUGUGAUGAAAGAAUUUUUCGCCGGUGUACGUGACUUUUCUACUUGUUAAAUACUCUUCGCUAAUUUGUGUUAUUUGUUUUAUAAGUUUGAGAUGGUGGUGCUGUGUUGCAAUUGCAAUAGUACUGAUGUGAAAUAAGGACUCGCCAAAAAUUAAUAAAAAAAGUGCUGCUGUUGCCUAUAAAAAUUGAUGAGCAACAGGUAUGGAUAUUUUCUUUCCACACACUUUUCGGGAGCGUGCUGCCUUUAAAGAGUCGGCCGUCAAAUGUGGUUUUGUGGAACUUACAGCGGAAACAGCGGCAAAUGUGGGAAUUUUACCGGCUGACGAAAGGAUCUCUAUAUUGCUUAUGGCAUGGAAGAACAUAGGCAAUUAUUUAUCCAAAAACCCAUAUAGUAAUGAUGUAGGAAUCACCGUAAGUUGGGUUGGCCGAUGCACACUAAAUUUGUGGUUUGGUCGCGAAUGGAUCGCAUGUGCAAUUGAGGAUAAAACAGAAUUAAUUGAACAAAUGAUGAAAGUUUAUCCUGCUGCAUUCAUAACCAUGCAUCCAUAUUCUUGGCCGUAUAUGUUUUCAAUUUACCGCGACCCAUGGAUGGUUGAAUAUUUAAAUUUAAAUUUUCAACGCAUGAGUGGUCCCGAUUUGACUCCAGUUUUAGAAUCUAAAGAUUCCGAAUUUAUUCAGCAAGAAGGAAUCCCAUUGUUGAUCCUACGAAUGGUCAACAUGUUCGAUUUUCGCAUGGUGAAGCUGGUAAAAUAUAUGUGUUUGCGACUCUUAUUAACAUGGCAGGACUCAAAUUCAACAGCUAGCAAAACACUACGCGCCUCACCAAACGCUAAUCAGUAUAUUAACUAUGCGAGGCAUAUAUACUUGCUAGCAAUUUGUGAGAGUAAUGGAUUCAAAGACUUGCAUUACACACUGGAAACUAUUCAAAGAGUGGUACAUUGUGAUCUGAAAGAAAUUUGGCCACUGGAACUAGGUGCCCAAGCUAUUGCAAAAGGAUUACAAGAAACCAAUACGACUUUGACAGAGCUUUUAAUCGAGUUUUUGUUUAAAGUUCCUAAAAUACAAUUUGGGAAUAUGUUUGGUUCAGCUUUAACGAAAUACAUAUAUUUUUUAACAGAAUACCAAUUAAGAAAUAUAAACCGCCUUAGUUCUGUUAAAUUAUCGUUACCAAUCCAGGAAGUGUAUUCGAAACUCGUGGAAAUGUUUAUUACACAUAGAGAAUCAUCUGAAGAACUUAUUAAAACGACUUCAAAAUUAUCAGAGCAAAUAUUCCGUGAAUUUCACAAUUUGACAGCAUCGAAGUGUGCCUACGAACUUAUUAAGCAAAGGCCUCGUCCUGAAUGGUAUACUAGUAAAAUAACACUUCUUCUCACGAUUAUAAGCGAAGAAGUAAAUAUAAUACAGGAUUAUAAGUACAAUGAUGUUCAAUCAACGGAUGAAUUGAUUGAGAAGGAAAAAGAAGUAGCUUUAUAUUACAGAGAUCUUGCAAAGUUAUUCCAUAAAAGUCCUUAUUUAGAACAAGAAGCAUGGCUAACCACAUUUUCUUUACAUCCAUGUAGAGAGUUUAUGGAUGCAGUGAUAAAAUGUGGAGGGAGAAACUUACGAGCUAUUAAAAAGCAGGCUCAUAAACUCAAUGUUAUUGAAGCCCCAGAGCCUAAAACUAAAAUUAAUGAAGAUCCGACAAUCAUUUUGAAAGAAGAGGAUGUAGAAAAACAGUCACAAAAAGUUAUUGAUCAAAAUGUAUCGGAUAUUACCGCCGAAACUAUAAUGCCAAGCGCUAAUUCUAGUUUAGUGGAUACUUCUGAGACAAUUGCCCCUAAUGCUCCUUCAGAUCCUACUGAAGCUGAAAUUAAAUCGAAAGCCAAAAGACCACCUCGAACGAAAUCGGUUAAACAUGAAUCCAAAAAAAUUGAACCUAAAAUUAAAGACGAGUCCAAAAAUAAAAACAUCAACAUACUCACAGAGGACGAUCUGACCACGGAAGAUAAAACAUCGAGUCCAUUUAAACGAGGACGACCUGUUGGGUCACUUAAUAAAGAUACUAAAUCUAGGUUAAAGCCUGCAAACUCAAUGCAAAAAACACCUGCUAAGAAAUCGGGUGAAAGACCGGAUCUUGCAGAAGAAAUAUUUGCUGCUGCUGCAGGUGCGGCAGACAAUAUAAAUAGUCAAACUAUAGAAACAAUAAAAUAUCCAGCGUUUGCUUUGAUGAAUUCAGUUACUGAUACCGAGGAAUUGAUGAAAUUUACAAACUACGAUGAAGCCUAUGAACAAUACACUGAACUUAAUAGAAUAUUAUCGAGUAUUAAAUUAAAUCGAACAUGCUAUGAAGAUCUACUUACCUUGCUCAUUGCACCAAGAUACAAACGUCUUACAUGGGCAGUUAGCUGGAAAAAAUUGAAAAAGCGUUGCCGAGUUAUACUAACUAAAGACAACAAAAAACGUGAACUCGUUGAACAGAGCAUGGCAGAUGCAAAUGACCGCCUUACACAUCUUAAUAUUGAUUAUAAUAAAUACAAAGAUAAACCGCAAAUUGAUUAUGGCACCAUUGAAGGUGGUUAUGAAUGUUACGAUACGGAUUCAGAUGAUGACGAAUUAAAAACAAAUGGUGCGGACGUUAAAAAGCAAAAUGAGAGACAAUCUAAUAAAAAGAAGGUCGGGAAGUUUGUUGGUUCUUCUAAUAAAAACUUGCAAAUAAAGGAAGAAACAAAUAACACCGAUGUUGGUGUUAAACCCUACCUUAAAAUAGAAAAUCUCGAUUCAACUAAUACAAAUUUAUUAAACAUCAUUGAAUCAACACAUUUAUCGAAACCGGUUUAUCUUAACAAACCAGUGUACUUUGUGCGGAAUCCACUUGCAAGUCCUUUAAAUGAGACAGCAAUAUCAUUGGAGUGUGCACUAGAAAAUAAACCAUCAAGUCGCACCUCCUCUAGACGAUCAACCGGCGAAGAGACACUUACUUCCGACUCCUUUGAAGAACAUCAUUUGCAUUUAGCACAUACAGAGGCUUUGCAGAAUUUAAAAGACCAACAAAAUAAUGCCAGUCAAUUAACGCCAAUGACAUUUAACAUUCCCGCAUCUAUAAGAGAACAGUUAGAACAACCUACGAUGUUUUUUAAAUCUGAAGUGAAAGAUGAUUCGAAAGUUAUAGCAAGUGUUUCUAAGCCGGAAGAACUUCAAUUUGAAAACAAAAUAACAGAUUCGUCGGAAGCAUUGGCCUUUUUACCGUCAAAAGUUGACAAACUUUGUGACCCUGCUUCAACUCCUAAUCAAACUAACUCCAAUUCAACUGUCAGCACAAGUUUUUCUCCUAAACUAUUUGAAGAUAUGCCAGAGGACUUGACGAUGCCAAAGUCUUCGAAUACAGAAACGCAUGAAACCAAUACACCCAAUUCAAAUCUUCCAUUGAACUUAACAAACAACUUAGUUAACGAGUCAGUUUCUAAAAGCGUUUCUUUUCAAGAGGAGUCACCAAACAGUGUCGAUGACAAUCAAGCAGUGGAAAGACCCUUGAAAAAAGGACGAAAACGACCACUUAAAUCAGAAACUAAAAUAAAUCCAAGAAAACGUCAAACAAAAAAGGACAAACUAAAUCUCACAAACGAAGACCUAAAAGACGUCAAGGCACCACCUGCAGAUACUCAGCUCUCUAGUAAUGAACAAAGUUUAAUUUCUACACCUACUUGCAGUCUUAAAUCAGUCAGAAUUCUUCCAACCAAUAAAAACGCAAAAGCAAUAAGAAUAAACCCAACAGCUGCGGUAGUUUUCUCAUCUGCAGCAGCAUCAUAUCAUCGAACACCGUUUUUGAAUGUCGCAGAACAAGAACCCAACAUUCUGCAACAACUUCUGUCAAAAGAAAUUGAACCAUUUUCUGGAAUAGAUGAAUUUUUUGAUAAAAACACUGCUGUAAACGCUGAAUCAGUUUCAACAAGCAGAGAAGACAAAACACAAGCAUUUACACCUGAUACCCAGGGUGAAGCAAUACAAAUUUCAGAUCCUAUAACAAGCAAUGCAGCAUCAACAUUAGAAAUUAAAAACUCAAACAGUCAAAGUUCAUUAUCGGCUGUAACAUUGAAUCCUAAGAGCGACAUUGGUCCUUUUUUAUUAGAUAAAUCCAUUUCUUGUGCCAGUGGGAUAAAAAAAACGUACGUCCAAAAUGUUGAUGGGGAAACAAAUAACGCUUUAAGAAAUCAUGAUAAAACAAUACUUCCAACAAUAAAAGAAAACCUGGUUGCAGAAGAAUCCCCAACAACACCUAAUGAGGACUGUUUGAAGGCAGUACACGGAGAUCUAGCGGCGGCGGAAUCUGAUAGAAUUAAAUUAACCUCGAAUUUUUUAGAACAAUCUAAGAAUAUUCAAUUUUGCUCAUCAGAUUUCGAUUUUGAGUUUAAAGUCCCAGCAGUAGUUCCAAAACCAUGUUCAUUUUUGCAAUCAAAACAAAAGAAAGUCAGUCAUUACGUUUCGGAUUGGGUUAAAAAUAUAACGUUUAAUGAUAAAACGGCAGAGAUUAUUGUUCCUGUAUCUAGAUUUAAAGAACUCAGAGAAUCUUUUGAUCGUACAAAAAUGGUUGGAGCUGAAGAUAAACAGUAUAAUAAAUGUUCUUGUUCUAAUGAAUUAAAACCUUCUAUUUCUAAAACUCCAUCUGAUGAUAUACUUUAUAAUAAGCAUAUAGUUUUCAAUACAAAACUGUUAGAUCCACAUUUAAAAACCUAUAAAAAUACAAAAGCGUCUGGUAAAAUUGCGGAUGCAAAGAAGUUCAAGCCAACUUAUUUGGAAACAGAUGAAGUUUUUACAGAAAAUCCCGAAGAGUCGAAUGUCUUUGAUAAAAAUCAAUUCGAUCCCACUAUUCCAAACGCAAUUAGCGAACAAUCUACGGAUUCUACCCUUGAAAAGGUAACAUCUCCUCAUGAUAAACAGAUGCCACCUCUCUCUGCCACUCCAUCGCAGAAUAUUGGGUGCACCUCAAAAACCCCUUCAGAAUCAGACGUUGAACAUACUUCGAACAAAGCAAAUAAGAGACGUUCCCGUAAUAUUCCAUACAGAAAAAAUUUUAACAAAAUGUUUGAUUGGAUAGAUAUGGUAACAACGUCCAGUAGAUCUGAAUCUAUCGAUAAGUCGGAAACACUCUUAAAUCUAUUCUCUGCCCAGUUAAUGAAUCAAGCUAAAAGUAUUCAUUUUAAUAGUGAGUACCUACGAGAAAAAGAAUUGCUAAAAAGCCGUGCUAAUGAAGAUGGUAUCAAUUGCGAAGCCUCAAUAUUAAUAGCAAGUCCCGGCCCAUCAGAAGAUUGUGUUAAACUAGUAAAAGCUUUUAAGAAAAGUACAGUAUUCAAAGGUGUAGACCUGAGUUCUAAUGAUGUAUCUUUUACAAGUUCCUUGGCUAAAGAAGUUCUUGGAACUAUAAUUAAAAUGACACUUAAUGAAAGUAAAACUCAUACUUCCUGCAGUGGCGAUCAUUUUGAUGCUUCAGAUGCAUUAGAUGAGUUCAUACGUUCCCGGCGUGGUGCCAACUCUCCAACAUUUUAUUCUCCUACACUGUCUAUGAAACAUUUGAAAAACGGCACAUUAGCUGAUUCAGUUGAAUGUAUAGAUACCUCUUUAGAAAAAUUCAUACCGAAAAAAGGGCGUAAGCGAUCUACUGUGCCAGCACCUGCACCUGUUACGAAACGAAUAAAAAAUCGGAGAUCCACCGAUUGCCCAGUCUUAAGUGAAUGUAAGAAACAGCCUUUAGAUGAAGACAAUCUUUUGCCUCUGAAAGAAGUUGAACGUAUAAGUGAAACUAAUGUUGCUGAUACAUUAAAAACACAACAAGAAAUUACUAUGGCUAGCGAUUGUUCAAAAACGGAGAUUACAGAGACAGAGUCUGAAUCGGAAAAAGUAACAAAGCCUCUAGUUCACAUCUACGAAGAACAGAAUUCGUUAAACCAAUUUCCUGAGGUGAAUGAUAAUGCAUUAGAAAGUAAUACUAAAGAAACUUCUGUAAACGAAGAUAUUAUGCAAUCAGUCACAAAUGAGAAUAUACUUCAAAAAGACCAAUCAAUAGAAUUAUCACAAAAAGACAAAAAAAUUGAACAAAAUGUCAAUUCUCUUGAAACAUUUGAUUUAAAAUUGGAGCUUUCAGAAGAAAAAGAACAAAGGGAUGGUUCAGGUGAACAAGUUAAUUCCAAAGAUAAAGAGCAUGAUAUAGAAAUAAAACCACCAUUACCAAUAAAAAAAAUUAAAAUUGAAAGAAACACUUCAGUUUUCCAUCGAACUAGAAGGAAUACUUACGAUGGAACAAAAUACAUACUCAAAGAAGAAACGGAGAUCAUUUCAAGCCGAACAAAAAAAACAAAAAAAAUAUCAGGAGACAAUAAAUUAGACAAUUUAGAAGGGCAGACCUGUAAAUUAUUAAGUGAAGAAUAUAAGUCGGACGAACCAAAAGAUCUGGCAGAAAAAGACGCACCGAACACAAAAGCAAAUGAGUUGCAAGAAACGGAAAAGGAAGCAGACAAUUUUCAAAUUGAAGAUUCUCUUGAAGCAAACCAUAAAGUGUGCAUUCCCGACGAAAAAGAUCUGGUUAAAUUAGAUGAAAAUGUUUCUUUAAAUAACGAAAAUUUACCUAUGGAAGAAAACAUUUUAUUGGGCGAAUCGAAUAAAGAUUUACAAGUCAAAAACGAACCGGAAGAUUUAAAAGAAGAAACCAAUCAGCAAAUUGUAGAAGAACUAAAUCAUUUUGAAAUACAAAAAGAAGAAUUGGAAUGUCCGUUACCGAACGUUUUGCCUGUAGAAGAAAACAAACAUUCUGUUCCAAAAAAACGAGUUGCUAAACCAAUAAUUUCUUAUGUUGAAUUAGAUUCAGAUUCGGAUGAACCACCCAAGUCACGACUUAAAAUACCCUCCCUAAAAAUUAAUUUCCCAUUGAUUCGCCCUUGUAGAAGAAAACUAUUAAAUCGUUCAGUUGCAAAAAAGAACGUUUCAAGCAAGUGUUCAGCAAAAAGAGCUCCUAAAACGGUGAAAAAAAAUCAAAAGAAAUCAAGAAAAUCUUUCGUACGUUCGAAAAAAAAUGCUGACUCGAGCUUAAAUGAAUCGGAAGAUGAUAAACCACUCUUAACUACAAACAAUAAACCCGAGAGUGAUAAAGUGAAAAAGUUUGACGAUUCCGAAGCAGACAACCGACCAACACAACAUCAUGACAUCUUAAAUGCGUCAGAUGAUGAUGCUCCUCUCAAAAAAAUACCUAACAGGCUUUCUGCCAGGAAAAAACCGCCCCCUUUAUUAACUCCAAUGAAAAAGAAAACCACUAGCAAACUUCCAGUACGUAAAAGAUACCGUAAUGCAUAUUCUCCUAAAAGACCUUCUGUUCGAAUUCAAAGUAAGUUUUCCCGAAGGCGAACAACUUCAUUAAAUUAUUUUGCGUUAUUUUUGAGCGAUUCUGACGAAGAAGAUCCUGUACAAACUAGAAAAAGAAGCCGAACUCCCGACAGGCUUUGGACUAAUAGGUCCGUAAAAAGAAAGACUGCGAUAGAAACUGUAAAUAAGAAAGCUUCACAUAAACGCAAGUUGCGAUGUAACAGAGUCGCAAUUAAACAACGGCAAACAAGAAACCGCUUGCCAAAACCACAAAUUCCAAUAAAAAUGCCAGUUCUUACUCGUGAAGACAGUGAUCACCCGGUUGAAGAGAAUAUUUAUGAGUGUGCAACAAUGAGCACGGCUAAUGAAAGUGACGAAGAUGCUUGCCCUGACCGUCGACCUAAGAGACGGCGACAAAAAGUGGUAAAACCUAUGAGAAUUCGAUGUGUUAGUCGACGAGCCAUACCUACAGAUGUAAUUACUGAAUCUAGCUCCUGUUCUAGUAAUGCGACAGUGCAAACAUCUCGAGAUCUUGGGAAGAACAAUACAUCGGUUACCAGUUUCACCAGAAGAGGGCGUUUGUUAAGAAGGAAAACACUUGAAAAGAAUCUCUUGAUGUCGAACUUAUGUUGUGAAUCGAGUUCAUCGUCAAGUCCUGUUAUGAUGAACAGACGUAGACGACAAUUUGCAGCAAAAUCAACUUCAAAACCUCCACUUCCCAAAGAACAAACAGAACAAACAAAUGAAAAAAAUUCCGAGCCACUGAGUUCUAUGGAAAAAAAAGCUAUACAAAUUCAUAAUUGCGUUAAUUUGCAAAUACGACUUCAAAGGCUGACAGCAAACGAAGCGAUUUUGUGUCGGAAGCCUUAUAUUCGAUUAGAUAGAAAUUUUGUACAGAACUAUUUUGUGGAAAAGAAUAUGGAGUACAACGAUGAAUCAGAACAAGAAUAGGUAAGGGAAGAUUAUAAAUAGAGCUUCGUUUCCGAAAAGACUAAGAUAAACUUAGUCGUAGCUCUACUUAUUGUGACGACAUGCCUAUCUAAAAAUGAAAACAUAGAACGAUGCUUCGUUCAUUGAUGAAAGUAGUAGUUUUCAGGAAAAUGGUUUUUCAGUGAUUAAAACACAACAGUACAAAUGAUUUAAUUUUUUAAUUUUUGAAAACAACAGAUCGCUAAAAAAACAUAUUUUUCAAUCGUCCAUAGAGUUACAAACCUUAUCACAGCAAUACAGUUACUCGACUCAUAGGCAUUUAUUAUGACUUGGCAACGCAAUAUCACAACAAUUUAAAAUUGAGAUGGCGACCUAUUCGGAAACUGUUGUUUAAUAUUUAUCAUACCAUGGUACAAGUGAUUUCAAGAACGUUUGCCCUCAUUUGAGGGUUCGAGUUCAAUUUUGAAUGUUCAUUUUGUAAGAGCAUUUAAACAAAUUUAAUUUAAAACAGUCGUCGAAUGUGUUUAUAUCAUGAAAUUAUCGGAUAACUGCAUUGUAGAAAAGUUUUUGUAAACUAUAUAAAUCAGUUGAUCUUACUUCUCGAUAACAACUUUAGAAGUCAGCCUUAUUAUUUUAAUUAAGUUAUAUUUGAAUUUUUGUUCGCAAUACUUUUGUUUUAUCUCAAAAUAAACAUAUAUUUUUCAUUUAUCAUUGAAAAUUUAAACUUAAAUGUAACGAUUUGCUGAGUGUUUUAAUAUAAUACUUAGCUAAUAAUUUAACGAGAAUUAGUUUAUUCUUCCAUAUUGUAUUUUUCUCUGAAUAAAAUUUAAUUUCAAAUAAUGUUCAACAUUUAUAAUAAUGAGCGAAAAAGUUAAUUUAAUUGAAAUUAUUUUUAACAAUUAAGUGAACAUGAAAAAUUAUGUAAUUUUUGUUUAUUUAAUGAACAAAUUUAAUUUUAAAUGGAAA